CGCCCGCCGGCCCCAUGCAGCCCGCCAUGAUGAUGUUCGCCAGCAAGUACUGGGCGCGCCGGGGCUUCUCGCUGGACUCGGCGCCGCCCGAGGAGCACCGCGGCCUCGCCCUAAACAGAUCAAGUUCUGGGAAAAAUGAGGAAAAGAAAGGGAAUAAGGGAAAUGGGAAAAGUGAAUCUUCUGAAGGUGGAAAGACAGCCGUGGUGUUUUCCUUGAAGAACGAAGUUGGUGGGUUGGUGAAAGCUCUCCGGCUCUUCCAGGAGAAGCAUGUGAGUAUGGUUCAUAUUGAAUCACGAAAAUCCAAGCGAAGGAGCUCAGAGGUCGAAAUUUUUGUGGACUGUGACUGCAGUAAGAAAGAAUUUAAUGAACUAAUCCAGCUGCUCAAGUUUCAGACCAACAUCGUGUCCCUCAACCCACCAGAAAACAUCUGGACUGACGAGGAAGAUCUCGACUGYGUCCCCUGGUUCCCCCGGAAGAUAGCUGAGUUAGACAAAUGCUCACAGAGAGUUUUGAUGUAUGGAUCUGAGCUGGAUGCAGAUCACCCCGGAUUCAAAGACAACGUCUAUCGACAGAGAAGAAAAUACUUUGUGGAUGUUGCCAUGAGCUAUAAAUAUGGUCAACCCAUUCCCAGAGUGGAGUAUACAGCUGAGGAAAUUAAAACAUGGGGUGUGGUUUUUAGGGAACUCAGUAAACUCUAUCCCACCCAYGCGUGUCGUGAAUAUUUAAAAAACUUUCCUCUGCUGACUAAGUACUGUGGAUAUAGAGAAGAUAAUGUGCCUCAGCUGGAAGAUGUUUCCGUUUUUCUUAAAGAAAGGUCUGGUUUCACAGUGAGACCAGUUGCUGGAUACCUGUCUCCCAGAGAUUUUUUAGCUGGAUUAGCAUAUAGAGUUUUUCACUGUACUCAGUAUGUACGACACGGCUCAGAUCCUCUCUACACACCAGAACCGGAUACAUGCCAUGAGCUCCUGGGACACGUGCCUCUACUUGCUGAUCCGAAAUUUGCCCAGUUCUCACAAGAGAUAGGACUUGCUUCCCUGGGAGCAUCUGAUGAAGAUGUUCAGAAGUUAGCCACUUGCUAUUUUUUUACUAUUGAAUUUGGCCUUUGCAAGCAAGAAGGACAACUACGUGCUUAUGGGGCUGGACUUCUGUCUUCUAUUGGAGAACUAAAGCAUGCUCUCUCAGACAAGGCAAACGUGAAAACAUUUGAUCCAAAGACAACCUGUUUGCAGGAAUGCCUUAUCACCACUUUUCAGGAAGCUUACUUUGUUUCAGAAAGUUUUGAAGAAGCCAAAGAAAAGAUGAGGGACUUCGCCAAAUCAAUCACUCGCCCCUUUUCUGUGUAUUUCAACCCAUACACCCAGAGCAUCGAGAUCCUGAAGGACACGAGGAGCAUCGAGAACGUCGUCCAGGAUCUGCGCAGCGAUCUCAACACCGUGUGUGAUGCCUUAAGCAAAAUGAACAGAUACUUAGGGAUUUGACACUUGUGGUCCUGUGACUUGCUGUCUGCUGCUCUGUCAGUAGCCGCUCUGGUGACAUCCCCUGGCAUGGCUAACUUUUCAUCAAAGUGCAUCCAUUUUCCCRUUAGAGCUUGGCUUGUGUCGUUAUGUAGCUCUGUCUAAUUGUAAUGUGCAGACAAACCAAGGCAAUGCUAAUUCAUAAAUGCAACAUGGAAUGUGGCAGCUUAUAACCAGCAAUUCCUCACCACAGUAUCAUGUGCAAGUACCCGAUUAAAAACUUACCUGGCAAUGGUUUUGUUUCCCUAAAAGGGUGAUUCACUUCAACAUAAUGUAUAAGAAAUAGUGCUGCUGAUUUCAUUAUGAGUCUUAGUUUAUUUCUUUGUAAUCUCUUUCUUCCUGUAAGAGUCCAGAAAAAUUAUUUGCGGAAUUUUCCAUUUUCUUUGUAAGAGAGUCAGUGUUUUGUUCUACAGUGGUAAAGACAAUGUUUGGCCAUGCACCUGUAACGAGCCAAGUGACAGAAUAGUACAGUGAAUAAACCAGUGCUGAGAUUAGGCAGGCAUUCAUCACAUCAGCAUUAAAAGGUCUAUGGAAAUUACAGCCUGAGAGACUCCUGACUGACAGAUACUCUCAAGUGGAUGAAUAAUUGCAAAACGACACAGGACCUCUGGCAAUUCUUGCAGGAUGGGUAACUCUAGUUCGUACGUAUGGUACCUCCGAUGGGUGAUAAUCCUGAGUGUGCUUCCUCCGUGGCGUUUAUCUCGGGAUAAGAGUGGAGGUGCUUUGGUUACUCCAGACUGUUAGAUGUGAAUAUAAAGCCCUUCUACAUCAGCGUCUGCUUUUGCAGUUGCUUGUGUUUUGAGGGGGCUCCUCUUGCAUUUCGUGCGUAAUCUGCCUUCCUUCAUUAUGCCGCGUUCAACCUUGGGCAUGCCUGGCUGGGUCUGCACUGUAUCAGUAUCAGCAGCUACAAAAGGGUGAGUAUGGAGGUUGUUAUUUAAUUAGAGCCAAGAUGAUUAUCAGUGGGUAGAUUACUUGUGGGGUGAUUAAAUCAUGGAGACACCCAAGCUCCGAGCUCGUACCAGAUGGAUGCAGGUAAUGCCUGUGUUAAUAAGCUCUGAGCUGGCAAGCCCUGACAGAAGUACGAGCUCUAUCUGGGGACCGUAGUGCAGAACUAUUUGAGCCAGCUCUUAUCUGGAAGCAGUAAUUAUGCAUGUCUUUCCUUUAUCUGGGUUAUUCCAUUCU